CGCUGUGUUAUGUAGAUUCUCCUGAAUUUAUCUUAACCCUAUCGAAAUUUAUUUAAGUUCAUUUUAUAUGGCGUUGGGUGAUUGGGGUUAAAACUUAAAACUGAUGUGAAUUUUCCUAUCUGAACCCAUUAGUAUUAACUAUGUUUUUCUAGUUGACCCGUUUUUCUUGUACACAUAUGUCAAUUCAUGAUGUUAAAGCUUUAUAUUUCUAAUUAUCCAAAAAUUACAAAAAGUUGAUAUUAUGAAAAUAUACAUAGAGACGGAUCUAACGAGAUCCCACAUCACGUGACUAUAUUUUCUAAGUACAAAUCACAAAAUAUAGUCAAAGUAGAGCUGAUCAACUCUAGGCCGGCCCGAUUUUGGGCGGGUUUGGGCAGAAUUUUUGGGUCAUACUCGGUCCGAUUUAUUUGCUUUAGGACGGGCUUUGGACAAACCAAAAAUGACUUUUUAGUCUAUUUUUAGCUCGGCCCGAUUUUGGCUGCUUUGGGCACAAAAAUUUGGCCCGACUGGGCAAUUUUUUUAGGCCCGGUCCGGCUCGGCUCAUGACCGUUGAUAAGUCAGAGUUACAUAUGUAAAUAAUGUCAAAAGUCAAACAAGUCAUCUAAAUAACGGAGGAGGUAUAUAAUAAUUGGAUAAUACAUAGUAGUAGUAUACUAAUAACAUGAAACGUUUGGAGUUAGGACUUCCGUAGGAAAUGAAAAUUUGUUCUCAACGCCACACUGAAAUGACACACAAACGUAAUCUAAAACUAGAGGUGAGGUUUUUCUUGUCAAAAUCUAUAUGAAUAAAAACCAAUAUUCAAAAGGCAUGAUGAUGAUAAACACUUUAUAGUUGAUAGCAAGACAUUUUUAAUUGGCUCUAAACUCACUAACUAGGCUUAAAUGGGCUCCAUACCCUGUAUUCAUCCUAUAUUUCCUUAUAUUUCCACUCGAUCAAGUGUUACAUUAUAUAUUUUCAGCAUACCCAGAUCCUUAUUCUUCGAGCACAAUCAAAGAUGGUGGAAUUUGAGUUGUUGGGCUUCUAGCUUUGAUACAGCAGGAAAUUUAUUUGAUGAACAAAGUUCAUCUAAUUUGGAAAAUCAAAUUGGAUCACUAAAUUCAGUUACUUUUGGCACAUUAGAUGCUGAAAUUACACCAGAAACUAUUGAUUUUUUUGUUAGUGAUGCUGAAGGUGACCCUGAUUGUCCUACCAAAGGUUAUGCUUCCAUUGAGCAGGCUCUCAUCACUCUUAAGCAGGGAAAGUUUGUGAUUGUUGUAGAUGAUGAAAAUGAAGAAGGAAAUCUAGUUAUGGCAGCAACCUUUGUAAGUCCCCAAGCCAUGACAUUUAUGGUUAAACAUGGAUCAGGAAUCGUUUCAGUGGGGAUGAGAGGGGAGGAUCUCGAAAGAUUAAAGCUUCCUCUUAUGUCACUGGAUAGUGAGAAUGCAGACUCCACUGCUCCUACUUUCACUGUCACUGUGGAUGCUAAAGUUGGCACAACAACUGGGGUAUCAGCUUCAGAUAGGGCUAAAACAGUUGUUGCUCUUGCAUCUCCGGACUCUAAGCCCGAAGAUUUCAAUAGGCCUGGUCAUGUCUUCCCCCUCAAGUAUAGAAAUGGUGGGGUUCUUAGAAGAGCAGGACAUACUGAAGCUUCCGUUGAUUUGAUUAUGUUGGCUGGAUUAAGACCAGUGUCAGUUCUUUCCACUAUCAUUGAUCAAGAUGAUGGUUCCAUGGCCUCUUUAACCACUUUAAGAAAGCUAUCAUUGGAGCACAACAUCCCCAUUGUUUCAAUCACUGAUUUGAUUAGGUAUAUGAGAAAGAGGGAGAGAUUAGUAGAAAGAACAAAGGUUUCGAGAAUUCCUACUAACUGGGGAGAAUUUGAGGCUUACUGCUAUCAAUCAAAGCUAGAUGGAAUAGUGCAUAUAGCUCUUGUAAAGGGAAACGUAGGAAAUGGUCAAGACAUCCUAGUAAGAGUUCAUUCAGAGUGCUUGACAGGUGAUGUGUUUGGUUCAGCUCGAUGUGACUGUGGAAGUCAACUAGCUUUAGCGAUGCAGUUAAUUGAGAAAGCUGGAAGAGGGGUUCUGCUUUACUUACGAGGUCAUGAAGGGCGAGGAAUUGGCUUAGGUCAUAAACUCCAAGCUUAUAACUUGCAAGAUCAAGGCCAUGAUACCGUUGAAGCCAACCUUGAACUUGGAUUGUCUGCUGAUGCGCGUGAUUAUGGUAUUGGCGCACAGAUUCUGAGGGAUAUCGGGGUUCGAACUAUGAGGUUAAUGACCAACAAUCCAGCAAAAUUCAGUGGCUUAAAGGGUUAUGGCUUGGCUGUUGUAGGAAGGGUUCCAGUCUUAACACCCAUAACAGAGGAAAACAGGAAGUACUUAGAAACAAAGCGGAUUAAGAUGGGGCACAUAUAUGGAUCUGAUAUACAAGGAUCAUUGGCUGGACUCUUUAAUCCAAAUCUUACAAAUUCAGAUACACAAGAAAGUGAAGAAGAAACAAAAUGAGCUUUCUUUUCUGUACAUUAAAGCCUUCAACAGAAAACAUAUUCUUGUCAAAAUAGUAUAACCUUUUGUUAUUUUUGAUUCGGUAAUUUACUGGCCUAAGCAGGCUCAGCCCUCAUGAGUUAGGGGGUAAGAAAGGGGUCCCAAUCCAUAAAGAAACUUCCAGAGACGGGUAAGUGGUGAUUUAUACUCAGAGUCAAAUAUCUACACAAACUCCCCAAAUAUGGGGUUGAUAAGAGUCGAACUCCCAACCAUGUGGUAUAACCUUUUGUUUUUUUUUGGGAGAAAAGGUCUGCUUAUAAUUGUUUAUAUAUUUUUGAGUGAAUCAUGGUUUACUUGUAUCAUUCUUUCACAUAUGCAAAGGAAAAAGUUGCAUAUGAAACAGCUUUACAAAGUUAUUGAGAAAAGAUUAUGAAAGUGAAUGUAAUUAUUGAAGUGAAAGCUACAAUUGAAGAAUAUUAAAGCAUCUUAAGAUUUAUCUUUCUGUCUAA